AUGAAACAGUGGGGUGUUCUUGACAGGCAUGCAGUUCCCUACAGGCCUGCUGGACAGGUCGUUGAGAGGCAUAAUGCUGUUGUCAAGCAGAGCAUUAUGGUCUAUUGCCACAACCACCGUGACUGGGACAAGCAUCUCCAGGAGAUUGCAUUUGCUAUGCGAACAUCGGAGAGCACUGUCACAGGUUACACUCCCGCCUUCCGGUGUUACGAAAGGGAGUUACGCACAUCGUGGACACCAUCUCCGGGACACCGCACAGGAGAGAGAGUGUCAGCACCUGAAUAUGGUGCAGAGCUGUCACAGGCCCUGCAGAGUGCCCUUGACUUUGCACGCAGCCAUCAGGGGCAGAUGAGGCUACUGCAGGAGGAACAGUACAACAGGAGUCGACAGCCCAUUGAAUUUGCUGUGGGUGAUCGUGUCUUGCGCGACUGCCACAUCCUCAGCAAUGCAUGUAAGGGCAUCUUCGGCAGGCUAGCUCCCAGGCGUGACGGGCCGUAUGUUAUCAGCGCCAGGGUUCCAUCCACGUCAUCCAAGGUCAUCCAAGCUCGCGUCGCAACUGCGGGAUAG